UAUGCGUGCACACUUUUGAUGUUGAAUUGGUUAACUUUAUUUUUCCGCCUUGUUUUGUUUCUUGAUAUUACAACUUGACAUUCUGCUAUGGUGGAAUGUCUGUGCUGUAUGGAGUAAACCCCGUGACUAAGUAAAUAUAUCACUUCUUCAAAUACACAGAGCACUGCUGUUUGAGAUAAAAUGGGCGAAACAAGACGACGAGCUUUAAAAAUAGUUAUUCAGAUAACUUGCCAACUUCUAUGGGUGGCAGGUCUGGUGGUAGGUCUGAGUGGUAUGUACCUGUUGUUGAACUACAGACACAAUGGCAUCUUCUUCACCCACACAUACAUCAUCCUCCCAGCAUGCCUAGCUCUGGCCAGCGCUACUCUCCUAUUGGCCAGUGGAGGACUGGGCAUCUGGGUGUCCCUCAGAAAGUCAGCCUUGCUGCAGGGUGUGUUUGUCUAUCUGCUGGUUGUGGUUUUCUGCCUGGAGGCAACUGCUGCUGCUCUGGCCUAUGUCAACGCAGGAAAGGUGGACUCAGAGCUGGCUCCCUUCAGUAGUGUUUUUCAAAGAUACACAGGAAGAUGUCAGGACCCAUACUCCGAUGCUGUGGACGCCACACAGAAAGAGUUGCAGUGCUGUGGAAUCUAUGACUACCGUGACUGGUUGGCCACGCCCUGGUUUAACCACAGUGGGCGGGGCAGUGUACCUCACAGCUGCUGUAAUUACACCUACCACACCUGCAACGGUACCCUGGAGCUGCCCGGGCUACUAUAUCCAAAGGGCUGCCAGGUGAAGCUGGAGGAGGCCUUGCUUUUUGUUCUGCAUCUCAUCAUCUGGUCAUCUCUGGCAGUGGCGCUAGUGGAGACUGUAGGGUUUGUGAGUAUGGCUCAGCUGAUGAGGGAGCAGCCUCUGUUGGAGUAUGGAAUACUGGACAGGGAGUAUGGAAUACUGGACAGGGAGUGGGCCUGAACCAGAACCAGAGUCUCAGUCCAGAAUACUUUCUGCCAAUCUACUUUAGAUAUACUAUGUCCUGGACCUUGGUAAAGUUAAUGAUGCUGUGGACCUUAAAGGCAGUCUUUAAAGUGCAGUCAAAAAUUUGAUUUUUUUUUUUCUUCAAUUUUUUUUCUCCAGUGUUUUAUAUCAUAUUUCCACACUGAGGUUGGAAGAAUACUAUGAAAUUGUGAAAACGCUGAUAAUGCCCUUUUAGUGUAAGCGCUGUUUGAACUGCUCUCUAGUGGUGUGUGUGGUUCUAGUUGCCUGUGCAGCUCCAGGGCCCCUAGGGUACCAUUACAGGUAAUUGAUGUAAUCAUCCCCGAUCUUGUUGGUGAAGCUACUUUAAAAGAGUGAUUCUUGCUUUCACUAAACUAAUGUAUACACAUCUGUGAAGGAAGAUGUACUCUAAAAGUGUCCUACACUUCCUUCGUUUCAUAAGGAUCAACUGGAAUAUGUAAUGACCACAAUGUUUUCUUUUUGUUCACUGAUGUAGAUGCUUGUUAAAGAAACCACUCAAUUGUUUUUGCUGGUCAACAUGUCCUGCAGAUGAUAUAUUUAAUGACAUUUUGACACUGCCCUGCAUGUCUUUUGAGUAAUUAACUUGUUGAAACUAUGUUGUGUGGCUAUUGUUUGCUUGUAACUUACCCCUAUGUAGCUGGGUGAUUCUGCAAUUUAGGGCACUUUGGCCCUGCAAGCUUUCAGAAAUGAAAAGUUAUUGAAACACCAUUUUACCAGUAUUAUAAUUCUUUGAUUUGUCUAGAAAAUAUCUGAUAAUGGCUGCUAUCGUCCUAUUCAGGAAUGUACAUAUUUUUCUCAGACAGCCAUAGACACAUUUUAUUUCCAUCACGUCAUUAAACAUCAAUUUUUGUUAAAAAUGAAGUAAUUAAUUUAACACAUUUCUUAUUCAUUUGUGUAUUGAGUAUUUUAAGAGAUUUACGGUUUUCCUAAUAUGAAUAAUUCAACACGACGCCUGAAUUUAUAGACUUGCCUUUGUGACAGCUGGAAAAAGAUAAUAAAAAUAAGAUAUUUCCGCCCAACCUUUUUUUAGAUGAUAAUUACCCUAUAUAAAACAAAUCAAUGUAACUUAUACAUAAUAUACUAAUGUACCUAAAAAUAUAUGGGUGUGGGGGGAAUGACAAGGUGUGGUGGACAUCUAAGUAAAAACCAAAAAAACCU